UAGCGACUCCCCUCCGUUACACUUACAAAGUUCUUCGACCUUCGUUUCCUCUUGUUUUGGAUUAAAAAACCCAAAUAAAAACACGUAGUGUAGUUUUGUGUGUAAGAGAGACGAGAAUUGAUGUUUUCCGUCUCUGUGAAUGUUUGGAAUUUCAUGUGGGCUACGACAUGAAAUUGCUGUGGUAGGGAAUGGUGUUGACGUUUAAAGUUCUUACAGCAACAGUGUGGAUUAUUUAUGAUUAAACGUCCCAAUGGGCGAAUUUUUGUGAAAUAACAGAACUAACAGGAAAUAUUUAUCAACAAUGAAGCUCAGUACUCAGGAAAAACGGGAAUUGGAUAAAUUUACAAAAUUUUUGGCUUUAAAAUGUACUCAGAUCAUUGUACAGUCCAGACUUGGAGAAAAAGUAACAACAAACUGCAGAUCACAAACCACAAGCACAGAUUGGUUUAACUUGAACAUCAGUGAUCUUCCGGAAGUUCUUGCGGAAACGAAAAGAGUUCUGAACGGCGAAAUCCUAUCCUCAAAUUUACCCUUAUGUGUCGAAAUAUCUUUGCGUACCGUGGAGGGUGACCAUAUGGUACUCGAAAAUUGGUGUCUGGGCAUGUUGCCCGAACAACAGUGUGAUCCUACCACAAGAAUAGUGCAUACAAUCUAUAAUCGUAUGGGGACUCUGCUAAAAUCGCUAGUGUCGAUAACGCGAGUUGUUCCUGCUUAUAAACUGUCUCGAAGGCAAGGGCCUGACUCAUUUGUUAUAUGUUAUCGUAUAUUUUUAGGUGAGCCGUUGAUUCAAUGUCUCGGAGAAGACUUCAACAAAGUCCAGAUCGGUCAGAUCUGCACACCCAUCGGCACGUUAAACCUUUCGGUUUCGUACCGUACCAAAAUGACAAUUUCACCGACACAAACCGGACGACAGAACUCGAUAAUGUUGAAAAGCGACCAUUUCAACACCAAGUUGAGUCCGAAGAGUAGGAGAAAUAACCAAAAAGAGGAUAAGACUAUAUCGUUGGAGACAACGAUGAGAAGGGGUGCCUUUGCCAACCAGUUGAAGAAGCUGGAGACCGUGUACAUAAUUCCCAAGCUGCCGCACAGCAGGAUCUACCCACCGCCAGCACCUGCCAAGAAGCCCGUGGAGAAAAGUUCGGAGGAGCUGGAAACGGACGAGAGCACAUCAUCGGCGGACUCGAAGAAGAUCGAUAACGAACCACCAGCGGAGAAGAACGGGAAUCAAACGACUGAUAAAUUAGCGAAUAAGCUGAAAUCUUUGACGAUGGUAUCGACGAACGACGACUUUAUCAUGGUAGACUUGAAAACUCCCUUUGCUAGCACAAGCGAGAAGACCGAACUUGGUAAAUUUUAUCGAGAAUGGCAGAGAGCACCGCAAUUGCAGGUCUUCGAUGAAAUACCGCCCCUUGACGAAUCGAUUAUCAACAGACAGCUAGAGACUUUGGAGUUCGAUUCAACAGAGUACGACACGAUGGUCCAGUCGAUUUGCCAGUCGUCGACAAAUAAUUAACUGUAUUUUAUACUAUUUUAAUUUGUAUUUUACAGUAACAUGUAUUUGUCCCUUUUA